GAGCAGAGGUGGGUGGGCCAAAUUACGGGCUGGCCAUGGGAAGAAUUACUGUGGAGGGCCAAGGCAGGGCAGUGGAUAAGCAUGGCCCAGGCGUUAGGAGACAGACCGCGGGGUGUCAGCGGGCACACUUGCUGUCCCAUAACCCUUCGAGCUGGUUAUUACUAUCCCCGUACCACUAAAUGAGGAUUCAGAGGCUGGUUGGCAAAAAGUCCACAGCUAAUAGACAAUGGAAGAGAAGCGAAGGGAAGGAAUUAGGGAAGGGGAAGGAGAUGAAGAGUGAUGAGGGAGGCAAUGAGAAGACAAUGGGAGGGGUCAGUGAGAUAGACUUGCCUACUUGCUGCACGGUUUUGGUGGGGACCAGCCGUACCUAUAGAAAAACAAAAUGUAGGCCAUUUAUUAGAGGUUCCAGAAGCCCUCUCUUUAAAGCAGUUGGUGGACUUGUUUUACUUCCCUCUCUUCUUGCCAGAGUGGUUACCAAGAGAGGUGAAUUUUCUGUUAUGCCAUCUAACACAGCCCUUUGUCCGGCUGCCUCUCCUUGCGGCUCUUCACAUACUUUGCAUUCAUUCGUUCGUCGCUCUGAGAUUUCUUGAGCGCUUGCUGCCCAUCACUGGGAAGGAACGAGAAAGUCCUGUGCCUGCGGACGCCCGUUGUCUGGGCCUGGAGGAGAUCAGUACAUGCACAAGCUCCAACACCAGCAUGUGAUGCGUGGGAGGUACAACGACUCCCUCCUUGAGGAGGGCAAGAUGAUGCACAGGCUGAGACAUAAUCGGGUGGUGAAGCUCCUGGGCGUCAUCAUGGAAGAAGGGAGCUACUCCCUGGUGAUGGAGUACAUGGAAAAGGGCAACCUGAUGCACGUUCUGAAGGCGGAGGUCAGAAUCCCCCUUUCUGUAAAAGGAAGGAUAAUUAUGGAGACCAUUGAAGGGAUGUGCUACUUACAUGGACAAGGCGUAAUACACAAGGACCUAAAGCCUGAAAAUAUCCUCGUUGAUGAUGACUUUCACAUUAAGAUAGCUGAUCUUGGCGUUGCUUCCUUUAAGAUGUGGAGUAAACUGACUAAAGAGGAACAUAAUGAGCAGAGGAAAUUGAAUAGUGUCUCUAAGAAAAAUGGCGGAACCCUUUGCUACAUGGCCCCUGAGCAUCUGAAUGACAUCAAUGCAAAGCCCUCGGAGAAGUCAGAUGUGUACAGCUUUGGCAUAGUACUUUGGGCAAUAUUUGCUAAUAAGGAGCCCUAUGAAAAUGCUAUCUGUGAACAGCAGUUGAUAAUGUGCAUUAAAUCUGGGAACAGGCCAAAUGUGGAAGACAUCCUUGAGUACUGCCCAAUGGAGAUUAUCAGCAUCAUGAAGCAAUGCUGGGAGGCGAAACCAGAAGUUCGGCCAACAUUUACUGGCAUUGAAGAAAAAUUUAGGCCCUUUUAUGUAGUUCAAUUAGAAGAAAAUGUAGAAGACGAUGUGACAAGUUUAAAGAAAGAGUAUCCAGACCCAGCCCAAAAUUUAAUUGUGAAGAGAAUGCAUUCUCUCCAGAUUGACUGUACAGCAAUACCUCCAAGCAGGUCAAAUUCAGCCCCAGAACAGCCCAGCUCGCUGCACAGUUCCCAGGGACUUGGGAUAGGUCCCGUGGAGGAGUCCUGGUUUGGUCCCUCCCUAGAGAACCAGCAGGAGGAGAAUCAGCUCAGCUUGCAGAGUAAACUCCAGGAGGAAGCCAACUACCAUCUUUUUGGCAGCCGCAUGGACAGGCAGACAAAACCGCUCAGACAGAAUGUGGCUUAUAAUAGAGAGGAGGAAAGGAGACGAAGGGUCUCCCAUGACCCUUUUGCACAGCAGAGACCUUACGAGAAUGUUCAGAACCCAGGAGUAAAAGGCCUUCCUUAUUCUAGUGCAACCAGUCCUGGUAAUGCACUACACCAACCCACAGGGCUAACCAGCCAACCCCAAGUACUAUACUGGAACAAUGGACUGUACAAUCCAUUCCCUUUUGGAACAAGACCACAGGAUCUGGGAACAGCAGGUUCAAGAGUUUGGUAUGGGCCAAAUCCAAGCCAUAUGCCAAGCGUGCAUAAAACUCCAGUGCCUGAGACCAACCUACUGGGAAAUACACCCACCCUUCCAUUCAUCUCCGUCCUAUCAAGAGAUGAGUCUGCAAAAUGUACCAUAUACAACAGUGCUGGCAUUCAGGUUGGAGACCAAAAUUAUAUGGAGAUUAGUGGAAUGAGUUCAGUGCUACCAGACAUGAACUUGAAAGAGCCAGCUUCUAAGUACCAAGAUAUCUUUGAAAAUAUCACUAGUCUGACUGAUAAACAUCUGAACCCAGUCAGGGAAAAUCUGGGGAAGCAAUGGAAAAACUGUGCCCGUAAGCUGGGCUUCACUGAACCUCAGAUUGAGGAAAUUGACCAUGACUAUGAGCGCGAUGGACUAAAAGAAAAGGUUUACCAGAUGCUCCAAAAGUGGCUGAUGAGGGAAGGCAAUAAGGGGGCCACGGUGGGAAAGCUGGCCUAUGCGCUCUACCAGUGUUCAAGAAUAGACCUCCUGAACGAUUUGGUACAUAUCAGCCAGAGCUAACUCCAGAAGGGGCUUUGGCAGCAUGAGGUAAUCUCCUCACCUAGUAAGUAACCCGCUGGAAGUGUGCUCCCUCGGAUCCUUCAGAAUUCUCUCCUCACUGAUACAGGUUCUCUGCAUAAAAAUCUCCCGCAUUCCAUAGCUGGAGCAUGGGAAAGAAAUCUACAGCGAACAACCUACGAACCAGGAAGACCUAUUAAUGGCUGAGACCCACUCCAAAAAGAAGCCUAACUGGGUUUUGAAAGGGAGAGAUACUUGAGGAAGAUAAUUUUCUUUCAGUUCAUUCCGUAACCUUCCGCAAUGACAUUCAUUUCAUUUCCUGGAGUUUUGUUUCAGCAAGAGAAAAAAAAAUUCAGCUUUCUUAUUUUAUGCUCUCUUCUCCACAUAGGCUCCUGUUAUCACCAAAGUACAGUGAAAUUGUGAGUUCUCUUCAACUAGUUUUUUUUUUGGUAUUCUAACCACAGUUCAUUCCAAAACUCUAAGGUCUGUUAACUUCAGUAUCAAAUGUUGUGUCCGUCACCACAGGCUUCAAGAAUUACAUGCAGUCUCCACUCCAUAAAUUAACUGGAGGGAUUUUAAGGAGUACUAAAACAGAAAAAAAAAAAGAGAACAAAAAUAUCAGAAUUUUCCAGGUGGUUGUUGCAAGGAAUUACUACUUAUUGUGGUGACUACAUCAAUUCUUGAUGGAGUUUUUAAGUUCCUUCCUAGCAUUCUGAUACUUUAUGUACUUUCCCAACCUCUGUGCCCUGCAGAGGCUGCAGGGAAUAUUGAUCUCUUCACACCUGGCUGUGACUGGAGCUUCAGGGCUGAUCACUGUUGAGCAGCUUCCUCAGCUUACCCCAGGAUACUGUAGAAAUAUUUUCAUUUUUUUCUGUGAGCUGCUGUGAUGUAAAAAAAGGAUACUUCAAAGUCUUCUAAUUGUGCCUCUAACACUGGACCUUUCAAAGCCCACCCGAAACUCAGGAAUGAGUGAAAGGAACCAGAAGACUAGAAGACUGAAGGCAAGCAGCCCAUCCAGUAUCACUGCCUGCAUGUGGCUAAACAGAGAGGGUGUGUCAUUGUGCUCAGCCCUUCCAGGAAGGAGGGAGAGAAGGAUGCAGUAUGGCGACUGUGGAUGUCAGAACAGAUUCUAGGGUCUGGUGGGCUGAUAACAGUAUUGUGGUUGGUGAUUCUAAAAUCCCGCUAGCCCCAGCUGACACACACACACACACACACCCCAACACCUGAAGUGGGACUGUAAAACAGAAUUUCUCAACUUCUGCAGUAUUGGCAUCUUGGGCCAGAUAAUUCUUUGUUGUGGGGGCUGUCCCGAGCAUUGUAGGAUCUGGCUAUCUGAAAGUAUCCUCUACCCACUAGAUGUGAAUAGUGCCAUUCUCCCCUCCUCCUGUCCCCAGUUGGGACAAGCCAAAUGUCUCGAGACAUUGCCAAAUGUUCCCUGGAAGGACACAGGUGCCCCCGUUGAGAAGAGCCCUGCUACAAAGUAAUGAACCUCAGUCUCUUACCCACACAUAUCUAGGCUCACUACUUAGUUGCCACAUAGCAUUAGAUCACACAGACCGAAAGAAAAAUUGGAUGGAGAAAGAGUCCCAGGCUUUGGUAGAGAGGAGUGGGUGGAUGAUUGCUUUUCUAAAUGUAUCCCUUGUACCUCUAUCCUAAGUGUUUAAAUUCUCUAAAUUCCAAAGCAAUUGGAUGAUCAAUGUUAAGAGGCAAAAAUGGUAUUUUUAACGGACUUUUAAAAAAAAAAUUUUGUACCUCAAAUAUAAGCAACUGAAAUGAUGUGUUUGUAUAAAUGAAACCAUUUGGGCUUCUCCACUUAGGUUGGCAUUUCCUAUACGUACUCUCCCUUUCACCCUCCUGCUAUUAGCAGCCAAGAGGAAGCUGAGAGUAAAAAGAAGAGAAGCUUCUGGACAGCUUUUUGGCUCUCAGGAUAAAAAUGUGCUGCCUUGAGAGCCUGCAGCCCCGCUGUCCUUCAAACAUGGUUCAGAAGUCUUUCUUUCAGCCCCCACUCUCUAAAAACUGGACUGAAAAGAGCCAAAUUUGUAUCUGAAGAGUUUCAAUACAAGAAAAUCAAUUGGGCAGAAAAUCAAUUAAAUGAGAUGGCACGGACUACAAAAUGAGAAGUCAUACUUGGUUCUGCAAAAGACCCUAAGAUUUCUACUGUAAAUAACGCCCACUUCCAACUCUUACAGCUUGUGAAAUCAGUGGGUUUUCCACUUGCUGUGGUUACAGUAUUUGUUUGGGGUCCAUCAUAUGAAGUUAGGUCUUCAGGAAUAGUUCUUUCUUUCUCAGAAAAUGUUUUAAAUAGCAUUUCGAUGUACAUUUUAAUGUGUGUUAUUUACAAACGUUUUUCUUUUAUAAUAAUGUGAAUAAAACUAGGUGUUACUAAGAUAAAUGACUUAACCAAUUGCAGAUAAAAAUGUUUUGUGUCAGCAGCAGGCUGUGACACUACAAUGGAAAACAAGCUGAACCUGACUUUAUGUAAAAACUUCCUUGCCAGAAUGUGCAAUGGUAGAUGAUAUUGUUAGUAUUUUAGUAUUGGUUUCUCUCCAUACAAGAAUAACCAUGUCGGGAUGCCUGGGCGGCUCAGUCGGUUAAGCGUCUGCCUUCGGCUCAGGUCAUGAUCCCAGAGUCCUGGGAUCGAGUCCCGCAUCUGGCUCCCUGCUCAGCGGAGAGCCUGCUUCUCCCCCUGCCUGCCGCCCCACUGCUUGUGCUCUCUCUCUCUGACAAAUGAAUAAAUAAAAUCUUUUAAAAAAAAAAAAAAAGAA